AUGACGAAACCCGGACUGCUGGAGCUCCCUGCUGGAGCCCAGCUCGUCUAUCUAGCUGAAGGCGGUGCUAACAUCAUCUAUCGCAUCGUGACAAUAUCUCACUCUCUGCAAGACGACUCCACGGAGCUCCACAAUGAUCAUGGAAGUCAUUCCAGUGUGCCUCCUGAAUUCAAGGGAAAGCUACUUCGGCUUCGAAAGGAAAGCAGGACGGGAAUCUCCUAUCAUGAGAUUGUGCGGAAUUUUGACAACACCAUCCGGCCCUUGUUUAGUCCAGAUGAAUUGGUAGACCAAACGCUCGUAUAUCUUCCGAGAGGACUAAUUCAACAUUGCAACGAGAAACUCCGAGCGGCGGAGAUGACUGGCAAGCGGCCCACGAAGCGACAUGGUGUGUAUCUUUCUGAUAUGGAACCCUGUGGUCUUCUUGUCACAGACAUGACAACUUUCUGCAGCCCUGGAACAGUGCUUGCUGAAAUGAAGCCCAAGUGGCUCCUGCAAUCACCUUCGGCACCUGCAAAUUCUCGGAGAUGCCGUACCUGCGCCUUGCGGGACAUGAAGAAUUAUCAGGCACGGACAGCGGGUGGAUCCGGCGAGCGGUCAUUCUGUCCGCUAGACCUGGUUUCCGACAAAUUCGAAAAUGUCUUACGUGCAACCAAGUAUGUGCGAGGCUGCAGCGAUCAGACCCGACUAGCAAGGAUUCUCUAUCGCAAUCCUACAUUGCAAAAGCUCCUAGCCCAUCAGAAAGGCAUUCAUGACGUGGGGCUCAACGGCCCGUCGGCGCAGUCGCUAGAGAAGUCCCUCGCAAUGACAUUGAGGGACUGUACGAUGUUUGUCAAGAUGCCGCGGGACGGCAAAGGACCCGUUGAGAUCCGUCUCGGAGACUUGGAUCUCAAGACCGGCGCCGGGGGCAAGGCACAAUACUGGCACGACCUAGAAAGCCAGUUGAUUACUGAUGGCUGGUACUUGGGCACUCGCAGUGGCUUACAUUCGAGUGAGUGUGCGUUGCAGCCUUCUCGACCUUAA